AAAUAGUGGAGAUAGAAAAGUUAGAGAUCAGAAUUUGAAAAGGAAUAAAUGUAAGAAAGGGAAAAAAUGGAUAAAUAAAAAUCUUGGAAUAGACUCUUCUUAAUAUUAUCCAGGGGACUCAAGGCCACAUCUCCUUUCUCAUCACAGAUACUUUCUUUGGAAAGAAAAGAAAAGAAAAACGAGAGAAACAUAAAGAAAGAUGGCUAUGAAGAAUUGCUUUCAAGUGAGUACAGUGAGUAGUGCAAGAGCAGGUGUGAUGCAAUGUUUUCAUGUAGACAAGAUUUAUUUGCCAACUUAUUGUAAAGGGUUGAAUAUAUCCAAUUUAUCAUUAUCUUCGUCAGCAUCUUCAUCUUCUCCUUUCUUUCCCCAUUUGAGAAGCAGAAGCCAAAAUUCUCGCAUUGUCUGCAAAGCUCGUGAGGCUUUAGAUGAAGUUCAAGCAGUGACAGAUUCAGGCUGGGAGAGUCUUGUAAUUGCCAGCGAAAACCCUGUUCUGGUGGAGUUUUGGGCACCAUGGUGCGGACCAUGCCGAAUGAUAGCACCGGUAAUAAAUGAAUUGGCAAAGGAAUAUGCCGGGAAGAUUGCUUGCUUCAAGGUAAACACCGACGAAUGCCCAAAUAUUGCCAACAAGUAUGGAAUAAGGAGCAUACCAACAGUACUCUUCUUCAACAAAGGAGAGAAGAAAGAAAGCGUCAUCGGAGCAGUGCCGAAGACUACUCUGUCCAGUACCAUAGAGAAAUACGUAGACGCCUGAAACCACAACUUCAAGAUUGCAGCGACUAUGACAAUCAAAUCACUUGCAUGACACUCUUCAAUCUUUCUUCUAUCUUAUGUAAAUCUCACUUUUCAAUCAUUAAAUUCACUUCUGCAUAUUUCAGACA